CGAUCAUUCCGAAUUCAGCUUUCAACCGAGACAGUCGCUGCGGUUCUCUACGGCCCUUCCCGAUCCACCUACCGCUUUCAACCGCGAUCGUCCUCAUUCUGUGCGCGUUCCACAUAAUAGAAUCAUAAGUGAGCUAUUCUAAUAUUUGUUAUCAGUGCUAUCAGUGAGCAAGAUGAAGCUCGGCCUGAUGAUCGUGGCGUCCCUGUGGGGCGUCGUUUCCCUAAUGGGAAAUGCAAAUGGGAAUCGAACUUUCACGGUUGACUACCCAAAUGAUCAGUUCCUGAAGGAUGGUGCCCCAUUUCGAUUUAUUGCCGGAUCGUUUCACUAUUUCCGCGCCCAUCCCGCCACCUGGCAGCGGCACUUGCGGACAAUGCGAGCAGCUGGACUCAAUGCGGUGACCACCUAUGUGGAAUGGUCGCUGCACAAUCCCCGAGAUGGGGCGUACGUCUGGACGGGCAUAGCCAAUUUGGAGCAAUUUAUCCGCCUGGCUGUGGCCGAGGAUCUGCUGGUUAUCCUCCGUCCUGGUCCGUACAUCUGCGCGGAGCGUGAUAUGGGCGGCUUUCCCUACUGGCUGCUCAAAAAGUAUCCGGGCAUCCAAGUCCGCACUUCGGAUGUCAAUUACCUCAGUGAGGUACGCAUCUGGUAUAGCCAGCUGUUUACCCGUAUGGAUCCAUAUCUGUACGGGAAUGGCGGACCCAUCAUAAUGGUGCAAGUGGAAAAUGAAUAUGGCUCGUACUUUGCCUGCGAUCUCAAGUACCGGACAUGGCUGCGCGACGAAACGGAGAGCCAUGUGAAGGGCCAUGCCGUGCUCUUCACCAACGACGGGCCCAGCGUUCUGCGCUGUGGGAGGAUCGAGAACGUUCUGGCCACCUUGGACUUUGGGGCCACCAAUGAUCUGGAAGAAACCUGGGCAAGGUUGAGGCAGUACCAGCCCAGGGGUCCUCUGGUCAAUGCGGAGUACUAUCCGGGCUGGCUGACGCACUGGACGGAGCCCAUGGCCAAUGUGAGCACGAGCUCGAUUACGGGAACUUUUAUAAACAUGCUGGACAGCGGAGCUAGUGUCAACUUUUACAUGUUCUAUGGCGGCACCAACUUCGGCUUCACUGCGGGCGCCAAUGAGAAUGGUCCUGGUAACUACAUAGCGGACAUCACCAGCUACGACUACGAUGCACCCAUGACAGAGGCCGGGGAUCCCACGCCCAAGUAUCAGGCUCUCCGCAAGAUCAUCGCCAGAUAUCUGCCGAUGCCCAAUGUGCCCGUGCCGGCACCCGUGCGAAAGCGUGCCUAUGGGACGGUGCGUCUGGCCAGCUGCUGCACACUGCUGGCCCCGGGAACACGCCAGAAGCUGGCCACGGGCACGGUGCAGGCUCCCAGGCCGAAGACCUUCGAGGCCUUGGGCCAGUACUCCGGACUGGUGCUGUACGAGACCUGGCUGCCCCGCUUCAAGCGAGAUCCGAGCAUCCUGAAUGUGGCCGGACUGGCUGAUCGUGGCUAUGUCUAUGUGGACAAUGAAUAUGUGGGAUUGCUGGCCCGGGAGACGCCCGUGUUUUCGCUGCCUCUCAGUGCCAGUGCGGGACGGCGUCUGCAGAUCCUGGUGGAGAACCAGGGCAGGAUCAACUAUGGCAGGCAGAUCAACGACUUCAAGGGCAUCACCAAGGAUGUGCGGCUGGACAAGCAACUGCUUGUCAACUGGAACAUGACCACAUUCCCACUGGAGUCGUACGAAAGCCUGGAGCAGCUCAUCACUCAGUCGACUGAGGCGGCUAGCAUGGGCUUCCAGGAGCUGAGGAAGCCCCAGCAUAUGCUCCGCUCGGGACCAGCCAUCUACUACGGCAUGCUCGAUAUUGGCCAGGAGACGGACCUGGCCGACACCUACCUCGACAUGUCCGGCUGGGGCAAGGGCAUUGUGUUCUUGAAUGGCGAGAAUCUCGGCCGCUACUGGCCUCUGGUGGGGCCACAGAUCACCCUCUAUGUUCCCAAGCCGGUGCUCAAAGUCGGCACGAACAGCAUAGUGGUGGUGGAGUAUCAACAGGCUCCUGCCUCCUCGGAGCUGCAUUUCCGGGACACGCCCAUCCUGAAUGCGAGAACUGGUUAGAUCUAAGGAUAUCCUCGGCAUGCACACAUCCCCCGUUCCAUACCCCAAACCCCAUACAUCAUGCAUCAUUUGUUAAUGUACAUUUAAAUGUAAAUUUAUGCGAUUUAAGCUCUUUGUGAGGCAUUAAAGCCAGUCUGUCUGUCUCGUCA